CUAGCAUCUUAGCUAGGAGCCGUCGAAACGGAAAAGCUCCCGAUCCUAAACAACAACAACAACAGGACGGCGGCGGGAAAAGACACAGCUUUUACCUGAGUGUUUCUGUAAGGUGGUCAGCCACAGCCUGGUUCUCAACAGUACACACAAACACCGCCCCCUACAGUAGGAGGAUGGCGGUGAAUGUCUACUCUACAUCUAUGACUGCUGACAACCUGAGUCGUCAUGACAUGCUGGCGUGGGUCAACGACUCUCUGCAGCUCACCUACACAAAGAUCGAGCAGCUCUGUUCAGGAGCUGCUUACUGCCAGUUCAUGGACAUGUUGUUCCCAGGGUGCAUAUUGUUGAAAAAAGUCAAAUUUAACGCUAAGCUGGAGCAUGAAUUCAUCCACAAUUUCAAGGUUUUACAGGCUGCGUUCAAGAGGAUGAAUGUAGACAAGAUCAUCCCUGUGGAGAGACUGGUGAAGGGGAAGUUCCAGGACAACUUUGAGUUCCUUCAGUGGUUUAAGAGGUUUUUUGACGCCAACUAUGAUGGAAAAGAAUACGACCCUCUACUGAUGAGGCAGGGCCAGGAAGGAACGCCUCCUCCACCUAACCCAG